GCCUUUUUUACGCUGAUUUAUCGUCUGCUUGGUUUUCUGGGCAACACUGACGAAGAACAACAGCAAAAUUGAAAUACUCAAAUCUCAGUUCUCAUUAUUUUCUGGUAAAGAUUGAUAAACAUAGCUUUGGUAUUGAAUUUGCAUAGGCUUUGUUUCCUUGUUUCUAUGGAGAUAGAUCUUGAACUGCCCUCAUGUGAGCAGGACAAGUUAGAUACUAGGUUGAAUGAAGAUGUUAAUGUUGUGGAUGCCACGGAUGAGAUAAAUGUUGGAAAGAAGAGUGAAAAUGUGAAGGAAGCUCAUGGAUUGAGCACAAACGAGAGUGUUGAUGAUGCAAACAAUGUUGAAGUGAGUGUAGUUGAUAAGGGGGUUGUUGGUAUUGUGGAUGCCGGAGAUGAAAUGAAUGUUGAGAAGAGUAGUGAGCAUGUUUGGGAAGCUGGUGGGUCAAGUGCAAACAAAAGUGGUUCUGAUUUUCAGGGGCCGGGUGAUGUUAACAAUGUUGUGGUGAAUGUAGUUGAUAAGGCGGUUGGGGUUGUUCGUGAGCUUGAAAUUGGUUUGGAGUUUGAGACUAAGGAAGAUGCUUAUUCCUACUACAGAGAAUAUGCUCGGUCGGUGGGGUUUGGCAUCACAAUUAUAGCCAGCAGGCGCUCAAAAAGAACUGGAAAAUUCAUUGACAUAAAGCUUGCAUGUUCUAGAUAUCGAAAACAGGAAGCUGGCGAUAGAGAAAAACAAAGUGUCAACCUAAUCAACACAGGCUGCAAAGCUGGCUUGCAUAUGAAGAAGCGAGAGAAUGAAAAAUGGUAUAUACAUAGUUUUAACAAGGAGCAUAACCAUGAGAUGACGGAUGGUUUUAUUGUUCCAGGGGGAAGAAACAAGAGACCUGCAACUGUUGCCUGUCAGAAGAAGGGUCUGCAGUUCUCUUUAGAUGAGGAUGAUGUCAAAGUAAUGUUUGAACAGUUGAUGUGUAUGCAGGAUGAAAAUCCCAACUUUUUCUAUGCCAUAGAUUUUGACCCUGAAAAACGAUUGAGAAGUGUAUUUUGGGUUGACGCAAAGGGUAGACGUGAUUAUAACAGUUUCUGUGAUGUAGUCUUGUUUGAUACUUACUAUGUUAGAAACAACUAUAAAAUUCCUUCAGUUCCUAUUGUUGGCGUUAAUCAUCACUUUCAGUACAUUUUACUUGGAUGUGCAUUGAUUGGAGAUAAGACUAGGGAAGCUUUUGUUUGGUUGAUGCGGACAUGGCUAAAAGCUGUGGGUGGUCAAGCUCCCAGAGUGAUUAUUACAGAUCAAGACAAAUACCUGAAGGAAGCUGUAGUUGAUGUUUUUACUGAUGCAUGCCAUCGUUUUUGUUUAUGGCAUGUAUUGACUAGGAUUAAUGAGAAUGUGGGUUGUUCCAUAAAUGAAGAUGCAACGUUUCUGGCAAAACUGAACAAAUGCAUUUACCGGUCUUGGACUUUUCAGCAAUUUGAACAGAGAUGGUGGAAAUUGAUUAACAGGUUUGAACUAAAGGAAAAUGAAUGCCUUUGCUUAUUGUAUGAAGAUCGGGAAUACUGGGCUCCUACUUAUAUGCAGGACUCGUGUUCAGUUGGAAUAUCAACAGUUGAGCGAUCUGGAAGUAUAACUUCAUUUUUUGAUAGGUACAUAUCUCAAGAAACUACAGUUAAGGAUUUUAUGGAGCAGUAUAAAGCAUUUUUGAAAGACAGUUAUGACAUGGAAGCCACUGCUGCUUCUGAAGCACAGAAUAAACAACCUGAAUUAAGAUCACUGUCACCUUUUGAGAAACAAAUCUCAACUAUAUAUACAGAUACAAUAUUUAGAAUGUUUCAAGUUGAAGCUUUGGGAGUAGAUUCUUGUCAUUUGCAGAAGGAUGGUCAUGAUGAAGCAACUGUAAUAUUCCGAGUUCAUGACUUGGAAGAACGGCAGAAUUUCUUCGUAGCUUGGAAUGAACCAGAAUCAAGAGUCUGCUGUUUAUGUCAUUCAUUUGAAUACAAAGGUUUACUCUGUAGACAUGCACUUCUAGUCCUUCAUAUGUCUGGUGUUUCCAGUAUCCCAUCCAAUUACAUUCUGAAGCGCUGGAUGAAAGAUGCAAGAGUUGGGCACACUGUUAGUGAUGUGUCAAAGAGUCUUAACUACAGGGUGCAGCGGUUCAAUGAUCUAUGCAAAUUAGCCGUUAAAUUGGGUGAGCAGGGGUCGUUGUCUCCAGAAACUUACCAGAUUGCAUGUCACACGUUAGAAGAAGUAUUGAAACAAUGUGUCCAUAUCAACAAGUCUGUAAGGGGGGUUUCAGAACCCAACGCGUCAUCUAUUCAUGGGUCAAAUGAUGUUGAAGAAGAGAAAUACAGUGGUGCAAUGGUGAAGUUGUCUAAGAAAAAGAAAACACACAGAAAAAGAAAGGGGGAAACUGAGCCAGAUGGUAUACCUGUCAGGUUCCAAGAUAGCCGCCAGAAGAUGGAAUUGAUAAACUCUGGAGUACAUAACCUUGAUAGUUGUCGUGUUUCUCAGCAGGAAUCGCAAGGGGAACUUGGUUCUAAAGGUUGUGCUCAAGACAGCUGUUAUGGUGCUCAGCAGAUUAUGCAAGAAAUGGGACGGUUAAACUCGGUUUCUCCUAUCCAUGAUGGUUCCUAUGGAAAUCAACAGGCCUCACAGGGACUUUUGCAUACGUUACCGCCCCGUGUUGGUCUUUAUGGGACCCAACAGAGUAUGCAAGGAAUGUUUCAGGGUCAACUUGGUUUCAGAGCACCAGCUGUGCAUAGCUCGUUCGACAUAAGGGACACUCUAAAAGAUAUGGAACAGUCUGCAGGAACCUCACGCUUUCAUGGCAACACAUCAAAGCAUCCACACAAUAAGCACUUACCGCAGUAGCUAACUAUGCAAGGGUGUCCAUUGAUAUGAGGACUGUAGUUCCAUUGUAAAGCCUCAUGUUUAUAGACGGAGAUUCAAUGAAAUGUCCUAUUAUA